AUGGCAACUCCGGUAGAGAAUUGGGACGAUGACGGGGACUUCCAAGGCGACCUGUUCAGCAACUCGAUUUCUACCGUUCAGACCUCGCUUUCGUCGCGUCUUUCCGUCCACUCCGAGUCCAAUGCCGGCGACGAUGACUGGCAUGUCCUCUUGACACCGAACGACGAUUCCGCUACGCAAAAUGCCAUAUCGACCGCGAAGAAUGCCGGAAUACCGAUACCUGCGGGCGUGCCUUCCUCCGCCUUGCUCGGUGGCACCAUCCAAAGACUGGGCAAGAAGAAGUCGCGACAGAAGAUUGACGACGACUGGGGCGAUGAGCUUGAACUCCCGGCACCUGGAGGCCUGAGGCUGAAGACACCACAAACACCCGUAACGCCCGCGGAAGAAGACGACGACUUCUUCGACGAUCUGGAGGGAAGCUUAGGUAUCCGCUUCGGCGGAACCAGGCGCGAAAAUAGGAACCUAAGCUCCUCCGUCUCGGCGAUGAGCCCCAGCUUAAACAGCUGCUUGACUCUAGAGAGCGAGGACGACGGCCUGGAUGGACUGAUCAUUCCGACUGAACCGCUCGACUUCAAUGCCAAGCUCAAGAAGCUGAAGGAGGCCGAGACAGCGACGCCUGAUGCCUCACCAUUACCGGCACAGAAGCCAUCACCUCAAGAGCCCGCGCAGGCUUCCCCAUCACAACCUUCACCAAUGCCCGAGCAGAAGAGGCCCACUGGCGAAGAGGACGACUUCUUCGAUGACCUUGACUUGGGCCACGGCGAAGUCCUAGACACUAAGAAGCUCACCCUCAACCGCAACCUCAAAGUACAGACCAGCAGAAUCCAAAUCUCUUCUCCACGUGUCACAACAUCCUUGACGUUCACCGACAAGCCUGUAGCAUCACGGAUACCGAGACCGUUAGGCGCUGCUUCGAGACUGUCGAGGCUUGCCCCAGUAUAUGAAGCAGGCGCAACCGAAGCCACAAAGCAGGUGCGCCCAGCGCCCACCACCACGGGCGCGCAACUUCUGAAGCAGAAACGAUCCGCGCCUGCCCUCCGCAGUGCCUACAACUCCGGGUCCAAACCACCUGUCCCGUUCCUUCCUGCCGGUGUCUCCACAGCCCAGUCGCACCACAUCACCGCACGGCCCACACCAGGGCAUUUCCGCCGAGACUCCGACCCGCAUCGCUCUGAAACUCCAGCAUUCCGUCGACCGCUGUCACGCCUUGGUGGUGCUCCUCCAGAGACUCCCAGCCGGCUUCCGAGACGGGACAUCGCGCCCGUGGCAUUGGCUCAGCAAGCAGCCAGCAAAAAGGUCCUCGCAGCACCAAUAGCACGCCGAAGACGCAAUUUUGGAGAUGGCAGCGAGCUUGAGAUUUUCGAUGACCUACCUACGUCGGCGUCGAAGGAGCAGCAAUUCUUAAAAGAGCCAAAGGGACGAGGCGCGCCCAAGACGCUGCGGCACCAGCCUAGUCAGGGGCGGAUAGGUUUACCAGAGCGCAUGAUGACUCCGCUACCACCGCAAACGCCGCGAAGUCCGACAAAACUACGACCACCGCAGAAUCUGCCUCGGUUCGCGCGGGAUACGGCGGCCAGUCGCAUAGCAAGAGAGAGCCGGCUCGGCGCACAGAAGCCGCCAGAGCGACCACCAGUCCUGCCAAUGACUACGAACUGGAAGGCGAAAAUCGCGGCUGCAAGUCCGCACACGAGUCCUACGGCACAAAAAACAAAACCCAAGGGAACGGGACAGAAGCCGUUCCUGAUCAAGCAGAUGAACGCGCCGGUGACGAAGAACGAAAAAGGCAUGACCUACAACCCCCAUCUCCACCGCUGGGAAGGCAAUGAAUCCGCCCUCGCCUCCUUCAACACAACGCCCACGACCGCCAUCGCGCUGACCCUCCCCCACCACCACCGCACCACCUCCUACGGCAACCACCACCCGCACGAGCCCUCCAAAGAAGCACCAACUUUGCACCACAACCCGCACCCGCUCAGCCACCAACACCUGACCGCGGUGCUGACGAAACAGCCGCCCGGGCAACCGCCCUCGCCCCCGCGCGCCCCGGCCCUGAUCUCCGGCGUCGGGACAGCUCGAGGCGUCCAGGUGGAGAAGGGCAUGGUCUUCGACCCGCGCCGCAUGUGCUGGCUCAAGCUCGGGCCGGGAAACAACCCCAACGCAGAUCCGCUGUCUCCGUCCGCGACGGAGGACGAGGAGGACCCCUUCGCCGCGAUCGAGGACCUCAAGGACGAGGAUGCCCCGGCGCUGAAUAGGGCGGGCAGUAGUCGGCCCGGCAGCAGUUUGGGCGGGGCGGCGGUGGGUGCGGGGGACAAGGAGAAGGGGAGGGAUGAGUGGCUUGUUGGUGAGGAGUUUGAUCUGGGCCCGGAAUUUAUCAGACGGCAGAGGGAGGAGGAGGCGGUGUGGAGGCGCAGAGUUGAGGGGUGGUGUGGGGAGUUUAGGGACGGGUUGGGGGACGGGUGGAGGUGGGGUAUCAAGGCUGUUGCAGGGGAGUUUGAGGCCGCGAGGAGGAGGUGA